AUGAAAGCUGAAGCAUGGGUGUUGGGAAUAGAGAAGUUAUUUGAGGUUUUUCCCUGCACAGAAGCUCAGAAGGUGCAAUUGGCUGCCUUUACUCUUGAGGAUGAGGCACGCAGAUGGUGGAUGCUUACGAGAACUGUACACCAAGGGUUGACGUGGGAUAGAUUCUUGGAAUUGUUUUAUGACAAGUACUUCCCUCAAAGCAUGCGGGAUAAGAGGGUAACGGAAUUCAAAACUCUCAGGCAAGGGAACAAAACCGUUGCUGAAUACGAAGCCCAAUUUACAGAAUUAGCUCGGUUUGCACCCCAUAUGGUGGAUACGGAUUAUAAGAAGGCGCGUAAAUUUGAAGGGGGAUUACGGAGCGCUAUCCUGGAUAAGGUUAACAUGUUGAAGUUAUCUACUUACGUUGAUGUGUUGGAAAGAGCCGUUAUAGCGGAAGGGAAUCUCGCUACUCAGAGCUGA